CUUUGUGGUGAAGGCUGGUGUGACUGCACUGAUCUUCGUAGACAGCGCAUAAACCUGGAUUUUUAAAACCAGUCACUCUGGCACGCUGGUGCACGGCAGCUGUAUUCAAUUAAAAAAAAUAAAAAAAACUCUCAAAAGCAGUACAAUUGUGUACUGUACUUGAGAAUGAUGGAUGAAUCAGAGCCGCUGUUGGCCUCGAGGUCAGAGGAGAGGAGGCUGAACGGACACUGCAGCAGCGCUCCCCCCCGGACCCUGCAGUCCAAGGUGGUGGAGGACUUCAGACGGAGUCUCAAGUACUUCUUCAUGAACCCCUGUGAGAAAUACACAGCCAGAGGCCGCAAGCCAUGGAAACUCAUGUUACAAGUAUUCAAAAUUGCAAUCAUCACAGCCCAGUUGGUCUCUUUCGGCCUGAGUAACGAAAUGAUGGUCACCUUCAAAGAUGAAAAUCUGAUGACAUUCAAACAUCUGUUUCUAAAAGGAUACCAAGAUCAACGGUUGGGGAGCUAUGCACUGUACACAAAAGAAGAUGUGUAUGAUCACAUCUACUACAUUAUUAACGGGUAUAUCAAUCUCCAAAACCUGACUGUUGGUAAUCUGGCAUACGAGAGUGUUGAUGGCCAGUACACUCCUCUGUCUGUCUGCCAAGAAUUUUACAGAUACAGCAGCAUCGAUCCAGAAACUGAGACCUUUGACAUUGAUCCUCAUAUUGAUAAAGAUUGUAUUUCCAUAUAUCCUGUGCAGGCGUUUGAUGGCAGUGGUUUGGGUGCACAUUUAAACUUCUCUAUAGAUUUUAAAAGGCUGCUAUCUGUGAACAUCUACCUUACUCUGAAAACAAUCAACCUGCAGACUGUGCGGCACCACGAGCUACCGGACUGUUAUGACUUCAAUAUAAUGAUCAAGUUUGACAACCGUGCACACAGUGGCAAGAUAAAGGUUGAUGUUGAAAACGAUGUAAGAAUUUAUGAAUGCAGAGACUGGAAUGUGGAAGGCACUUCUGGUAAGAAUGAUUACCUCCUCCUGUCGUUUGAUUCUGUGGUCAUCCUCGCCUGCUUCCUCUCUCUCAUCCUCUGCACGCGCUCUGUCAUCAAUGGUCUCCAACUCCAGUUUGAGUUCAACACAUUCUUCCAAGCAUACUACAAUAAAAGUGUCUCUUGGUCAGACCGCAUGGAGUUUGUGAAUGGCUGGUACAUCCUCAUCAUUGUCAGUGACAUACUAACCAUCGCUGGGUCAGGGCUCAAAAUUGGAAUACAAACAAAGUACCUGACAAACUAUGACGUGUGCAGUAUCUUGUUGGGAACAGCCACACUGCUCGUCUGGGUCGGCGUGAUUCGUUACCUUGGUUUCUUCAAGAAAUAUAAUGUAUUAAUCUUGACCCUAAGGGGAGCGUUCCCAAAUGUGAUUCGAUUCUGCUGUUGUGCGGCCAUGAUCUACCUCGGGUACUGUUUCUGUGGCUGGAUCGUCCUUGGGCCUUACCAUGACAAAUUUCGAACACUGAGCAAGGUGACAGAGUGCCUCUUCUCUCUCAUCAACGGGGACGAUAUGUACUCCACAUUCCUACAUUUGAGGAACGAGGCCGGCUACAUGGUGUGGCUUUUCAGCAGAAUUUACCUCUACUCCUUCAUCUCCCUCUUCGUAUACAUGGUGCUCAGCCUGUUCAUCGCUCUCAUCACUGACACCUACGAGACAAUCAAGCAUUCCCAGCAAGAAAAGGUGCCAGUGUCCCAGCUUCAGGUCUUCAUAGCAGAGUGCAGGGACCAGCCUGAGUCUGGAAGAUACCAGACUGAGGAAGAGUCGGCUGCCUGCUGCCUCUCCCCAUGCUACUGCUUUGGCUGAAGUGCGAAGAUGGUGGCUUUCACCUUUUCCAAGACUCGACUAAAAUAAUAAGUAUAGGGAAAAAGUCUAGAGUCCGUCCGCAUGGAGGAUUUGAUUAUAGCCUAUGAUGCAUGAGGAGAAUGCGAGAAUUUCUUCUGACCAAAGUACAAUGUCUUUGACCUGUUUACUUGAAUUGCUAAUCAUUAAAAAGGAAAGUGCUUACAUGACCAGUAAUGUCACCAAACUGUAAUUUCAUUAUGAGUGUGCACCCACAACUAUUAUAACUUGGUACAUUUUUUUGGAUUGCUACUGUGUAUUUUUUGUGGAUUAUAGUAAAAUAAAUCUUGUUUCGCAAUUAA